CGGAGAGCAAUAGCCGCUGGCACUGGGGCCUGGGCUCUUAAGUGCUUGGAGACAGGUUGCCAAGGUCGGGUUGUGGAAGCCACUAACUCGCCCCUCCGGGUUUAACGCUCUGAGCUGGGGCGCAGAGGAGCUUAGAGUAGACCGGACGCUGCGGCCGCGGAGCUGCGCCAGGGGCGACGAAGGCGGAGCCGGCUUUUCCGUCGGCUGACUCAGGCCGGCGCGGCGCGCCUUUAAGGCGUCCGGCUGAGCCGGGCGCGGGGAACCGAGCGACGCGGGCACGAGCGCAGCUGCCGGACGCGAGCGCGGCUGGGGGACGAGGACUGGCCUCUGGAUCCCGCGGCACUAUCCGUGCGCCUGAGGUCAGGUCAGAAUCUCAUUUUCAGCUUCUGCCAGAGCCAGGAGCAGUUGGGAAAGAAGGCUGUGUUCUUUGAAGACCCUGCAGGUGUCUGCCAGCCUUAAAGAGCAGGAUGGAUCUUGAUGUGGUCAACAUGUUUGUGAUCGCAGGUGGGACGCUGGCCAUCCCCAUCCUGGCAUUUGUAGCCUCAUUUCUCCUUUGGCCGUCAGCGCUGAUAAAGAUCUAUUACUGGUACUGGCGGAGAACGUUGGGCAUGCAGGUCUGCUAUGUUUACCAUGAAGAUUAUCAGUUCUGUUAUUCCUUCCGGGGCAGGCCGGGGCACAAACCUUCCAUCCUCAUGCUCCAUGGAUUCUCUGCACAUAAGGAUAUGUGGCUCAGUGUGGUCAAGUUCCUUCCAAAGAACCUGCACUUGGUCUGCGUGGACAUGCCGGGACAUGAGGGUACCACCCGGUCCUCCCUGGAUGACCUGUCCAUAGAUGGUCAAGUAAAGAGGAUACACCAGUUUGUAGAAUGCCUCAAGCUGAACAAAAAACCCUUCCACCUGAUAGGUACCUCCAUGGGUGGCCAUGUGGCUGGGGUAUAUGCUGCUUACUACCCUUCAGAUGUCUGCAGUCUAAGUCUUGUAUGCCCUGCUGGCCUGCAGUACUCAACUGAUAAUCAAUUUAUACAGCGGCUCAAAGAACUGCAGGACUCGGCCGCCAUAGAGAAGAUCCCCUUGAUCCCAUCCACUCCAGAAGAGAUGAGUGAAAUGCUCCAGCUCUGCUCCUAUGUCCGCUUCAAGGUGCCCCAGCAGAUCCUGCAAGGCCUUGUUGACGUCCGAAUCCCUCAUAACAACUUCUACCGAAAGCUGUUUUUGGAAAUCGUCAGUGAGAAGUCAAGAUACUCCCUCCAUCAGAACAUGGACAAGAUCAAGGUCCCAACGCAGAUCAUUUGGGGAAAACAAGACCAGGUGCUCGACGUGUCUGGGGCAGACAUGCUGGCCAAGUCGAUUGCCAACUGCCAGGUGGAACUUCUGGAAAACUGUGGGCACUCAGUGGUGAUGGAGAGGCCCCGGAAGACAGCCAAGCUCAUUGUCGACUUCUUAGCUUCUGUGCACAACACAAGCAACAACAAGAAGCUGGACUGAGGCCCCACGACCGCAGCCUGCAUUUGGCACUGAGCAUCUGCCCCCAUCUCCAAAAUCUGACGCGGCCACUACUUCUCAGGGAUCCUGCCCCAAACGCGGUCAGAGAGCCAGCAUCCCUGAGGAAGCCAGUCCCCUGUCCCCAGUCUCGACAGAUCCACAGAGCUUCGGGAGCCACGAGCAGAUCUCCAAGAUAUUUUUCACAAUGUAGAAACUCACAUGGAACAAAAUUAAGAAAACCCAGCCAUGAAAUCUACCCAGAAGUCUUCAAGUUCAUGUUGCAAAGCGGCUGCCUUGGACCCUAAUCACCGAGACCGUUUUCUUUCAAAACAUCCCUCACAGACUGAGACUCGAGGUUUUUCUGUUGCUUCAACAUCCUCCCCUGCAUGGUCAGUGGCUGUUUUAGGAGCAUUAGUCUCCAUUUGCUGAGCCCCUCUUGUCUAUGUCUAGUUUAAGUUUUAUGUUAGAGACCCCUAUAUGAAUGCAGUUUGUCAGCUGCAAGAUCAGGGAGGGAAACAGCAAGCUAUGAAAAAUAUUAACAUGCGAGGAGGGGUGUGUUUCCACUGCUGCCAGCCCUCCCACCUGCCAGAGCAGUGGGGAACACAGGUGGGUGGUUUGAUGGGCCCCCACAUGUCAGCUCCAUCACGAGGGAGCCUAGAACAGUCACAGUAUGAAGAGCACCCGGCAGGGUGGGUUUCCUGGGAAUAACUUAUUAUUUUUAAAAAUAGGACUAAUAAAGCAAUAAUGUUCUAGACAUCUGUAUCUAAAUAAUCACACAAAAGCACCUCGUGGGCCUUGUGUCUAUCUUGCUGUGCUACUGAAGACCCUUGGGUGUAAAAUACUAGUUUGUUAAUGAAUUCUGUGAAUUCUGUGAACAGUAAUGUGAUUGAAAAUAAGUCUAAACAGCUGUAAAAGUGAUCACAAUGACAUGACAUAAAUUUAAUAAAUCUAGAUCAGCAACAUGCAGACAGUUUCCAUUCCUAAGCUCCUAUUUAAGUGCAGUGUUGGCAGAUUUCGUGUCAAUUUUUAAAAGGGCAUUUUGUUUUGUUUGUUUUAAGGCUUAUUCUAAGGCAUUGGAAAGCCUGGUUUGGAUGGGUUAUUAGUUUUCUUUUAAGUCUUAUUUGCAAUUUUUAUUCAAAAUUUUUUAUUGUUCAUUUAUUUUUGAGAGAGAGAGAAAGAGAACGAGUGGGGGAGGGGAAGAGAGAGAGGGAGACACAGAAUCCGAAGCAGGCUCCAGGCUCUGAGCUGUCAGCACAGAGCCCGAUGCGGGGCUCAAACUCACAGACCACGGGAUCAUGACUCAAGCCGAAGUCAGACACCCAACCAACUGAGCCACCCAGGCACCUCUACAAUUUUUAUUCAGCUGAAAUUGUAUAUCAAAAACAAAAGACAAGAGUCAUCAAACUGUUGCUUGUGACACUUGUCUGUUGCACUUAGGAGCCCUUAAAAUCCCUGGAACUUCAUUCUUCUGAAUCUAUUUACAGAGAGUCUGUAGCCAAGUAGUUCUAGAAAUAAAGUGAGAUGAACUUCAUAGUUUAAGUUGGAAUGCAGGACUUGGUCUGAAUAUUUUAAUUUAUUGAGAAGAGUGGAACACAGAUCUUAAAAAAAAGAAGAUAUGAAAAUGUGAUGUGUCAGACCUGUGGGCUGCAGCUAACGGCAGUGUUCAGAGGAAAGUGUUCAGAGACUAAGGCAAAAGAGCAUGAUUUAAGAAUUAGAGAAAUCAGGGGCGCCUGGGUGGCUCAGUCGGUUGAGCGUCCGACUUCGGCUCAGGUCACGAUUUCACGGUCUGUGAGUUUGAGCCCCGCAUCGGGCUCUGUGCUGACAGCUCAGAGCCUGGAGCCUGCUUCAGAUUCUGUGUUUCCCUCUCUCUGCCCCUUUCCCGCUCAUGCUCUCUCUCUGUCUCUCAAAAAUGAAUAAAUGUUAAAAAAAAUUUUUUUUAAGAAUUAGAGAAAU